AUGCAAACAGAAGAGACACAAACGGCUGAACCUGUUGACCUUCCACCCGUCACCGGUCCUUAUGCUGAACCGUGGUCGCUGAAAAAGAUUAUUGCGCUUGCGUCGGUAUUUGGACCCGCGGCGAUUGUUGCUUCAGUGAGUAUCGGGGCAGGUGAAACAAUUGUCGUUGUUCGUACAGGGGCAUGGGCGGGAUAUAACUUGCUCUGGCUUGUGCUUCUCAGUUGCGUGGUCAAGGCUAUUUUUGUCACCUAUCUGCUCGGUCGCUAUACCGCGGUUAGCGGUGAAUAUAUCGGACGCCGGCUCGUCAAACUACCUGGACCGCGGGGAUGGCUCCUCAUUGCGAUUGUCCUCUUUGAGAUGAUAGGCGCACCUUUGGCAUGGGUGCCGAUCGGCAAACCGUGCGGUGCCCUGCUCCAUUUUCUGUUGAAAGACGCACUGCCUUCUGGUGUCUCGCAGCCCGUUUGGGAAAACCUUAUCACGUCUUGCUUCAUCACGCUCGCGCUCCUAUUCGGUUUACGUAUCUCCUUCGAAAAGCUCGAAAAACAGCAACUCAUUAUUUGUCUGAUUCUUGUUCUCGGAACGAUUAUAGGCACGCUGAUGGUGCGUCCCGACUUUGGCAAGGCACUCGUUGGGAGUCUCCGUUUUGGAUAUCUGCCUGAAUUCCCUGAAUGGGCACCGAAGGAUGCGGUUGAGAAUCCCUUGUUGACAAUGGCGACGGCGUUUGGUUACGUUGGCGGAUCUGUAAUGGGAUACGUUGUUUACGCGAAUUGGGUGAGCAUGCACCGUUGGGGCAUGACAGGACAUCGGAACAUUGAGGCUAUCCGUCAGCGCUCCGCCAACCGCGAUAGAAUUGAUUAUCUUCCUGAACAACCUGAGCAGGUCAGCCAACUCCGACAAAUCCUUGCCCCGCUUCGGUGGGAUGUCGGUAUGGGCGCGAUCGUGCUAUUUAUCGUGACGGGCGCGUUCAUGAUCUCAGGUGCUGCUGUCCUGUAUGGAAUGCAAAGCACUUUUGAAGGAUGGAGCCUACUGACCGAUCAAGCGAGUGUCUGGAAAAAUAUUCACGUGUCGCUCGUGUGGGUGUACUAUAUCUGUAUUGUCGUCGCGCUGUGGGGAACGCUACAGGCACUGCCGGAGAUUUACGCACGGGUGAUACAAGAGUUCUUUCAAGCCGUCUGGCCCCAACGCGAAUGGAACUACGAUACGCUUCGCAAGUGGAUCUGUCUCUACAUUUUUCUUACGACGAUGGUGCUCAUCUGGUUAAACAUUCCAUUUGAUAUUUUGACACAGAUCGCCGGCUUUAUUUUAGCGAAUUUUUCGAUUGCAUUGAUGAUGCUCGCAGCACUGUAUUUAAACGCUAAGCUGCCCGCCGCUUACCGGACGCGUCCGUUCAUGUUCGUCGGUGCUCUGAUUUCCGCGGCUGUACUUAUUAUAUUUGCGGGAAUUAGUGGCUGGGGUUUGUGCGUCAAACUCGCCAAGCUUCUCAUAUAG